UCCGGGAGGAUCCCGGAGGAUCUUCGAAUACCGAACAGUCAAGGGACGAUGAUGGCCACACCAAUCUUUCGUCCAAUAUGUCCGAGUAGUGAUCGAUCCAACUUGUGAUAUUCCCGCUGGCAAUGUCAUGAAGUGAAAAUGAACCCUGCAGCGGCCUUCUUUUCACCACUCAGCUAUCAGCCAACACGCGGAAACAACAGCGGUAAUUCAUCACACCGGAAUACAUGGCAAUGUCAGCCCCGCUCGAACUUCACGUCCUGAUGAGAUUGGACACGAACCUGAAAACACGGGGAACCCCAGGAGUCAUUCGGCUUUUCAAGACAUCCAACAGUCAGUGGCAUCAGCACCGCAAUGACUCCACACCAACACCCUUCGCUACUCGGGUGACAGCGCAGAUUGUUGAACCACGCUGUCUUCGCCGUCUCACCAGCCCGUCCCCUGAAAUACGGGCGCAUGGGUGUCUGCAUCCAUGGCGGACAAAGCCGAAUCCUCAACAAUCGGCAGGAUACCAAGGUCGUCUUCCUCAGCGGCUACCUUGUUCGAUAAUUCGAUCGUAUGGUGUCAUAAACGGACAUUUUCUUGAAACAACUCCUACCAGCAUUCGGUUUAAGAGCAAGCUUCGUGGAAGUUCGCCACGGCACUGGCUCGAAGCACCUUUUCAACGCUUAGUAUCAGCCGUCGGUCAAGCGUUGCGAAACCUGACACGGGAGGCGGGACUUGGAAGCAGGCGGUUGUUGAUAAUGGUUGUCGUCCACCGGUUCCUUGUCAGCGCGCUAAAAAGAGAUGUGGGAUAUUUGGGUUGUUCAACUGGCCGUCCAGUGUAGGGGCGGGUUGCGAUGUCUGGUUGCGAUGUCUGGUUGCGAUGUCUGGUUGCGAUUUGGUUCCGAACCAUAGCAAAUCCCGGCCCUGGUCAGGCUGCCUCCCGGGCAACGCAAUCCAUCUAGAGGCUCAGAAUUGUCGGAUGCGAUACUGAGGACUCGGAAUGCCUGCGGAUUAGGUUGGAUAAUGAGUUCGUUUAGCUUCCUCUUUCCAGGAACCACGAGAUCCGAACUUAGCCGUAAUUCCAUCGAUGGAUACCCCGGUGAUGAGGCGAUGCCGGCAAAACGUACUGGUCGUUCAA